AUGGAAGCAUUAAUUGGCUUCUUUUUGCAUCUCUUCAUUCUAGGGUCAGUAAGUUCAGAGAUUGAUUUUGUGCAUAAUGGAUUUCUCCAAGCGAAUUUAAGCUUAGAUGGAGCUUCGUAUGUGAGAUCCAAUGGCCUAUUGGUCAUAACAAAUGAUUCCACCAAGGUCCUUGGUACCCUGAAUCUUGGAGGACAUGGUCUUGCUUUUGUUCUCAUGUCCACCAAAGAACUAAAUGAUUGCCUUCCAACCCAAUUUCUAGGCCUUCCAUAUAAUAAUACUACUAAUCAAUUCUCCACUCCAACUCUAGCAGUUGAGUUUGGUACUGUCCAAAGUAGUGAUUUCGAGGACAUUAAUGAUAAUCAUGUAGGAAUAGAUAUAUCUAACCUGGUCUCAAACAUAGUCAAGCCAGCAGCCUAUUACAACACCACAAGCAAAAAUGAUAAGAAUACCAUUUUUCUCAGGAGUGGGUACCCGAUUCAAGUGUGGAUUGAUUAUAACAGCCAAGAGAUGUUGAUCAAUGUAUCAAUAUCUCCUCUUGGCAUGCCAAAGGCGGAUUGGCCUUUGAUAUCAUACCCGGUUGACCUCUCUUUGGUUAUAGAUGAUUACAUGUACGUGGGGUUUUCUGCUGCAACUGGUGCAAUCUCAGCCACGCAUAAUGUGCAUGGCUGGAGCUUUAGGAUUGGGGGCAGGGCUCAAGACUUAGAUCUGUUGAAUCUCCCAUCUCUUUCGAAUGCAGGUACUGAAAAGGUUGUGCAAAGAAAGGGAUUAGAACUACGUACCACUUUAGCUAGUAUUACUAUUGUCAUUUUGGUGAUAGCUGGAGCUUUUCAUGUCCUACACAAAAUCAGAAAUGAGAAUGAGAUCUUAGAAAAGUAG